AUGGUUAAAUUUAUGAUACGUGCAGACAAAUUAAGGGAUCAGGUUAGAAGUAGGCGGGCCGGAGUUGGAGGAGGAGGAAGACCUGACGACAGUUCAUCCCAUGAAAAAUCCAAGACGCCUAGUGUUAGGGAGAAUUCGGAAAGUCAAGGACUCGUGCUAUUCGAGUUACAAGGUGAACUGGAGACGGUUCACGAGGAUAUUCGAGGCAAAGAAAUUGGAAAGUUACAGUUCGGGGAGAAUGUGGGUUACUUAAUAUUUAUCCCGUUGCAAGAGAUGUUGCCCGGCAAACGCAUUCGUUCUAAUGGUACCCCGAUGAUUCGAGUGGGCCAUUGGACCGUCGCGGGUCAAAUAAUCGAAUUGGAAAAACCCAUCAUGGUCGUGAAGCGAAGAUCGCUCCCACCGCAACAAGUUACGCCCGGUCUUAAAGAUGUAAAGUCGGAUAAUAUGCAACUGGAUUUCCGAUCGGAAUCGUCCAUGCUUGCCGAAAAUUUUCAACGGUCUGUGGAAAUGGUUUCCGGGUUGGCCAAAGAUUUGGAGAUGGAAGAUUAUGACGACGACAAUCUCGAGGUAAACGAGAUUCCUAGGCCAGGGAUAAACUCGCAUAAACCUAUGGCUCAGGGGAGAUCGAGCGACAAGGAAAUUAUUAAAUUGGAGAAUUUGAAUGUCGAGUAUGACGCUAUUCAGGAAGACGUUAAUACCUCGGAUUAA